GCGUCAGACGUACGCGGGCUGUAAACGGUAGAGCGACGGAAGAGGGUUAAGAAGGCUCCAGUGUAUAUGUAUAUGUUUUUUUUCUUCUCUCCAAUGUAAAGUAAAUCCGCCUUCAUCCUUUUUUAAACGCUUCGUUUUUAAAAAGAAAACAUCCGGAGCAUAAAUUUGACACUUUAGACUUCAUGUCGAGCCCGAUAUUGUGAUGGUGCGACGCUCGGAAUGUUAGAAAACAAAUGGUGAAAAAACUGGGAUAAUUAUUGAAGGGGAAUUAGCUUAGCAUUAGCUUUAGCGUUAGCUUUCAGUGUAGCUUAGCACAGCUGUGGAGCCUGGAGAGUGACUUCAGCACGGAAGAGACAGAGAGAGAGACACACACACACAGAGACAGAGAGAAUAUAGAUAGACUUGGCGUAUUAUUGUUGUUAUUUUUUAUAGUUUUAUCGAUAUAAUCACAUACAUCCUUUCUGUAUUUUUGGUAGAGCUAGCUGUUUUGCUAGCUGUGUAAUUUAGUUAUUUUUGUACGAUGGAGUUGAGAGUCGGGAACAGAUACAGGCUCGGGAGGAAAAUCGGCUCCGGGUCGUUUGGAGACAUUUAUUUGGGCACGGACAUCUCGGUCGGCGAGGAAGUCGCCAUCAAGCUAGAAUGCGUGAAGACGAAACAUCCUCAGCUGCACAUCGAGAGCAAAAUCUACAAGAUGAUGCAAGGAGGAGUGGGGAUCCCGACGAUUAAAUGGUGCGGAGCUGAAGGAGAUUACAACGUGAUGGUGAUGGAGCUCCUCGGCCCCAGUCUGGAGGAUCUGUUCAACUUCUGCUCCCGCAAAUUCAGCCUCAAGACUGUUCUACUCCUGGCUGACCAGAUGAUCAGCCGCAUCGAGUACAUCCACUCGAAGAACUUCAUCCACAGAGACGUGAAGCCUGAUAACUUCCUCAUGGGCCUCGGGAAGAAAGGCAACCUCGUUUACAUCAUCGACUUCGGCCUGGCCAAGAAGUACAGAGACGCUCGGACACACCAGCACAUACCGUACAGAGAGAACAAGAACCUGACCGGCACGGCCCGCUACGCCUCCAUCAACACACAUCUGGGCAUAGAGCAGAGCAGAAGAGACGAUCUGGAGUCACUCGGCUACGUGCUCAUGUACUUCAACCUUGGCUCUCUGCCCUGGCAAGGACUAAAGGCUGCGACCAAGAGGCAGAAGUACGAGCGGAUCAGCGAGAAGAAGAUGUCCACGCCCAUCGAAGUGCUGUGCAAAGGAUACCCGUCCGAGUUCGCUACGUACCUCAACUUCUGCCGCUCCUUACGCUUCGACGACAAGCCCGACUACUCCUACCUGCGACAGCUCUUCAGGAACCUCUUCCACAGACAGGGAUUCUCCUACGACUACGUGUUCGACUGGAACAUGCUGAAGUUUGGAGCGAACAGAGCAGUGGAGGAUGCCGAGAGGGAGAGGAGGGAUCGAGAGGAGCGUUUGAGACACGGCAGGAAUCCGGCAGCCAGAGGAAUGCCGUCGGCCUCCAGCAGACCCAGAGGAACACAGGACGUAGCACCACCCGCUCCACUCACACCCACCUCACACACAGGAAUGGAGCGUGAGAGGAAGGUCAGCAUGCGAUUACACCGCGGCGCUCCGGUGAACAUCUCCUCCUCUGACCUGACCGGCCGACAGGACACCUCACGAAUGUCCACGUCACAGAAUAGCAUUCCCUUCGAUCUCCACGGCAAGUAGAGAGGCAGCAGCGGGCUCUGUCCCGCGUCACUCCGAGCGGCCUGCAGUCUGCUGUUCCUCGAUGAGCGUCUGCGCAGCCGCAGUCACCCUGAGCAAAUCAAAGCCACACACAGACUCAACUUUUCUUUUAUUUUCCUCAACACACUAACACAAACUGUCGCUGAGGGAGACGGAGACACACACACACACACACACACACACAGUCUCUCUCUCUCUCUAUCUGUCUCUCUCUCUGUCUCUCUCACACACACACACACACACACACACACGUUCUCACGCAGCCACACUGGAAAUCAAAUCAAACAGCUGAGGCACGUCGUCUCCACGUGCUUUUUCACUCUGAUCUAUGAAGACCUCUGGAGUGGGCGGGGCUUUGACAGAAGGGGGGAGGGUUAAUGACAUUUCUCUGCCUGUCAGUCAUGCGCAGUGGGCGGAGCCAUCACGAACAGCGCAAAAAAAAAAAAAAAAAAAAAAUUCCUCCACUCAGCUUCAGAUGGAGCUGUACUUACUGAUAGCCAUUGAUCUUGUGUUUCUCUGAACUGUUUCUGAUUUUAAUUUUUUAAUCCUUUAUUUUUUUUUUUUCUCGUUUAUUAACGAAGAUUAAACUCAGUUUUCACCAGCUGCGGGUGUGCUGAUUCAUGGGAGUUAAUGUUUGUAAAGUUCUUGCAAAAAAAAAAUCCAGGUGGAUGAAAGUGGAGAGUAGACAACAGAUAAUAGCGUUAAUUUUUUUGUUUUUCUCGUUUGGUAACGACGUGUAAAUCGUUUUUGCGGAAAUCUGUGCAAAAAUCCAAGCCGUUGAUUGUGUUUUUGCGACUUUAGAUCAGAUCUGUCGUGGGGAAUAACCAGCGUUUUGACUUUGCAGUUUAUUAUUUGUUACGAGGCGUGAAUAAAAUGAUCAGAUCGCAGUCGCACCAGACUUCUUUGACAUUUUUAGUGUGUACAUGUCUGUUUUUCCCCCUUUGCAUUCCCAGAAGCUGUGAAAUUCACGUUGCUGCAGUCAGCUCUCUCUCUCUCUCUCUCUCUCUCUCUCUCUCUCUCUCUCUUUCUCUUCUCGAUCACAUGGACGUGUGUGAGGUUUGGGAUUUGUGUCCACGUUGUGCGUUUGUGUUAAAGCAUGUUGAUUUGGGCUUCUUGGAACGGUUUAAUGAUGUAAGAGUCUGGGGAUUGAAUGCUAUGAUGAUGACGAUGACGACGACGAUGAUGAUCUUUGAUAGAGAUGAAGUCAUCUGUGCCCUUUAAGCAAAUUAUUAUUGUUUUUUUUUUUUUUUUUUCCUUUUUAACUAUUUGAAUUUUUUAUUUGCUAAACAUUACCCAGGCUUUUAGGCUAAACUGUGGACGGUGCUCGGAGUGUAGGAAGGAAAGCGGCAGGCUCUUGACCGUAGUCGAGUGUUUAGGCGUUUCUCUGUAGUCGGGAAGGGGGGUGUAGUGCUGAGAAAACUCCUUCAUUCUGUUGUCAUGUAUAUAGGACGUGUAGUUGAUCACCAGGUACCCUUUUUUUCCCCCCCUGUAGCCUCUUGUUUGUCUCUGUGUGUGUGUGUGUGUGUGUAUGUGUGUAGUGUGUGGGGCAGACUGUAGUGUUUAGAGGGAUGAUAAGGAUUUUGUUGCCUUUUUUUUUUUUUUUAAAUUUUAAAAGUUAGUCUUUCUUCACUAAUAUUUACAAAAGCGGCUCCUGUGCCGGUGCGAGUGAGAGCACACUUUGGGAUCGAGCGAUUCUGGGUUUUCCUUCUCUCUCUUUUUUUUUUUUUUUUCUCCCCCUCCUUUUGACUGAUUUCAUCACCACCCAAUCACCACACUGUGCUGUAUCCGAUGGAAUGAUGGGAAUCUUCCUGCUUGGGAAGGUUUUAUUUUUUUUUCCUCCUCAUUUGUAUUGCCACUGUAUUUGUGUAUUUUAAAUUGUGUAAAUAAAUUAAUAAGUACUUGUA